AUGGACUACAUCAUAGACCCCGAAGGAGAUAUGCUCCUGAUCGUGGAGGAAUGCUCGGGAAAUCUUCAUCUGGAUUUGGUUCAGAAAGAAUCUUCAACUCCAGCAGCUCUGCCCCUAGGACCAACUUUAGACGUGCAGGCAGUCGAUGAGCUGGCUCUGAUCCCAACUCUGCCCCAGUUCCCGUCUCGGCUCGCUUUAGAUAACGUUUCCUCCGCAGCUAAUAGUGGCCAGCCUGUCGUCUUUGCCAAAACGGUGAUGCUCAAGAUUCGUGUGUCCUCAAAACACUUGACCCUUGCAUCUUCAUACUUCCGCCAGAGGCUAGUCCCAGAGACAGCUGAUCACAGGCCAGUCGAAAAAGACGUGGUCCCAGCAUGCGUUGAGGAUGUCGAUGCCUUGCUUAUCAUGCUGGACAUCAUCCAUGGUCAAACCAGGAAAGUGCCGCGUUUAAUUAGCUUCAAAAAGUUGUUCAUGAUUGCGGUGCUUGUGGAGCACUACGAAUGCGUCGAAGCAAUGGAAGCGUUUGCUGAAGUGUGGACCGAGAACCUCAAGGGCGACAUCCCUCUAGUGUAUUCAGAGGACUUGGUCAAGUGGAUCGGUAUCGCUUGGAUCUUUCGACUGGAGAGUCUGUUCCAAAAGACUACUCGUACUGCAAUCCGAAGAUGCACCGGGCCAAUCUCCGCCAUGGACGUUCCAAUUCCGCUUGCCUGUGGGUCGUGGACGCAGAGUCACGGCACGAGAGGGAAACUUUUGGUGAAUCGUUGGUAG